CUGAUUGAAAAGAAUCACGAGGUGGAUGAUCUUACCUACCAACUGAACGGAGGCGAAGACGCACCCGCGGCCAAGGAAGCAGUCGACGCAUUACAUCUGGAACGACAGAUCGAAGCACUCGAGAAGGACAUACGCACCAUGCAACACGACCAAGAUGCACUGCAG